AUGCCUCUUUCGAAAUUAGAAAUAGAAAAAUCGAAGCCACUUUCCUAUGCAAGUACUAAAUCAGUUAUUCAAUAUUUGGACCCGAAUUUGAGAUUUCGCCUUUCCCAACAAUGCCCAUCACAUCGCUCAAUUGAAAAAUCUGCACCACUCCACCUAGAUUCCCUGAAAUUGAGCGACAAUAGUAUUUCAGUCGAUGGGAUUGAGUACGAAUUAGCUAUAUAUCGGCAGAGAGAAGCUCGUCCGAAAAAAUUGAAAGCGGAUGUAACUGAAAAUGGAAGAAUUGAUAUGAAUAUUGUUGUGGAAGAAGAUCCUAAUGAGAUUCUCAUAGACUUGAGAGGAAAUCAAGAGAGAACUAUUGCUGAGGUUCUCACAGAGCUGGCUAACCAGAGAAGGGAUGAAAAUAACGAGAAAAUGAUACAAAGCAAAAUGAAGUAUUUUCUCGUGCUCAAAGUUGGAAGGAGCAGUGAAGUGAUGAUCUACGAGAGGAAGCUCCACGAUGCAGUAAAGUAUUUGGUUGAGAGGUUCUUAGGUGGGAGAGGUAUAUUAAAAGUUGGCACGCUUUCCAUUGGAUCUCGAGGGAUACUGCGGAUACCGUCAAGCUUGAACUUUAAGAUUCGUCACUUGGAAUUAAAAAGUGAGGAUAAUAAUAAGAUCUUUGAGACGAUCAAGCAGCUUCUUACAAUUUCCCCUCUAAGCUCGAUUUCUCUCUCCCACAGCUAUAACUUAAGGGAUGAAGAUCCAGUUGUUGAAUCCACUGGUAUUCUUAUCUUCCAAAGUAUUGAUUUCUUUGAUAAUGAUAUGCUCAACAAUUUGAAUAAGCUCCGUCACAAGCGAGUUCACUUAUCGUUCGACCGUUUUUUCGAGCUGCAAAAUGUCGUGUGGCUCAUUGACAACUGGAUUGUAUUCGGAAGAAAUGUUGGCACUCACUAUUCACUUGACGUGGUAGUUGAAAACAAAGGAUGGGAGAUUUUGGAGAUUGUCAAGAGAAAUCACAAAGAGAGGAUUGAUGAGAAAUCAGAUAGAGAGAAUGUUAUAAUUCAUAUGAACAACACCUCGGAUUUACAUAUCGAAUACGAGUUGGAGGAUUUCCAGACUUUGAUGCAUCUGAGAGUUGAACUACGAUCCUGA